AAGAAGGUUGAAUUCACUAUUGAUUGCUCUGAGCCUAUGAAGGAUCACGUUAUGGACAUGCCCUCUUUUGAGAAGUUUUUGGCGGAGCACAUUAAGGUGAACAACAAGACGAACAACCUGGGAGAUCUGAUUUCUGUAUCUAGCGCUGAUACCAAGCUGACUGUUGCUGUGUCUUGUCCUAUGGCCAAGAGAUAUUUAAAGUACCUUACCAAGAACUGCGUGAUUAUCUCCGUGUGA